ACUGACAUGCUGACAUUCAAAACGCACAGAAGAUCUGAGCACUCAUAGGGGUAGGAUGAUAAGAAACUCUGAAAACUGUUUGGACCAGAAUAUGGCUGAGGUGAUUCACGCCACGCCCAACAAGAUGACCAAGGCCAGGUACACACAAGGAGAGAGAGAGGAGAGAAUAGUGGAGAUCUACGCUACCAGUGAGAGCCUCAGAGAUCAACACCAGGACUACGUGGGGACAGAGGAGUCCUCCAAUACUCUGGGAACAGUAAGAAGUCAGCAGCCGGACCCUGUGAGCCCUCCUCGGUGUCCGAUCAGGGCUGUGGUGGUGCUUCUGGUCCUGCUGUCUGUUGUCCUGCUGGCUAGACUGCUUGGGUUGGCAGUGCAACACAAGACCGUCAUGGAGAAGACCGUAAGCAUGGACAGAGACACUGAGCAACUUCUCCAAAGGCUGAUGAAUGUGACAGAGCAGAGAGACUCACUGCUUUGUAAACAGGUCUGCCCAGGUGGUUGGGAUAAGUUUGGUUGUAAAUGUUACCGGCUCUCCAAUGAGUGGGAAUCCUGGAAUAAGAGCAGGGAGAUAUGUGUUUCCGUCGGGGCAGAUCUGGUGGUUGUGGACAAUGAAGGGGAGAUGAACUUCAUUAGCGGCAAGGGCUCCUGCUUCUGGCUCGGAGCGACAGAUGAGGCCAGUGAAGGGUUGUGGAGAUGGGUUGAUGGGACCGUCCUGUCAGUGGAUAACCCCUCAUGGUGGAGCCGGAAACCUGGCGAUGGCAAGGACAAGAACUGCUUAAGGAGGGACUGGGUGCAGACCAAUUUUAAAUGGGAAGAUGAGAGCUGUGAAGCCAGUAACUUUGGGCUUUGUGAAUAUAAUUUAAGAAAAUGAAGAAUGAAAACAUUUCUUUGUGACUAUUUUCUAUAUCUUAAUGCUAACAACGUUGUUUGUUUUGUUUCGUACUUGUUGAGUCCUGCCAUUCGCUAAGAGCUGUGAUUGGCUGCAAUGUGUUAUCAAGGAGAUGACAUGAAGACUUCACUGGUCCCUGCAGGAGCUGUACAUAGAUGCAGCUGUUACAUUAUCUUUUCAAUGUUUCAACAAUUGCUCUUGGUGUUGGAGGCUGAGGUUAGGCGGUAAAGAGUCAUGACCGACAUUGGCUGGUUUCCACUUGCUGCAAACCACACUAGUUUUCUAUCAAGGGCUGCAUUUGCUGACUUUGUCUUAGCCCCUCAGCUAAUUAUUUAAUUAUUCUUCUGUUGAAAUGUAUCUUGACUUGACUUUGUCACAAAAUAGUGUGAUCACAGCAAAACACUUAAUUAGCUUGUAGGUAUGCACUUAGUUUUGCGUUACUGAAUGAACACUUUUGAAGGUACAUAUGCCUAUAUGCAUUGGCCCACAUACAGUAAAUUGUAAAUUGCAUUGAAUAUGUAUUGCAUAUGUAAUGCAGUGUCCAUACAGCUGCGUAUGCUGUAGUGAAUUUGACCUAUUAAAUAAACUCUUGAGUAAUAUGUUUUGAUGAUAUUGAAAUAAUUGGAUUUAGUUUGGACUUGGUGCCUUUUAACAGACAUUGUUCAAAGGGACAAUGAAAUUGAUUUUUAAUUUACUUUUGGGACUCAAUUAAAAAUUGUUUAGUCUUCAAAUCUGAUCCCGAGUCGUUCAUCUAGUGCCAGGGUUCAAUUCUCUCUGGUGCCGCCCCUGCUUAGAACCGGUGCAUCUUAAAUCUAAUGUUUCAGUCACUCAUGUAUCUGCAAUUAUUGCAGUUACAUUACUGUUAAGGCGCUUUGGAUAAAACAUCCGCCAAAUGAUCAUACAAAUCAUUUCCUGUUACUUAUUAUGUCUGUUCACUAUAUAUUCUUUAUUAC